AUGCUUGAAAAUUAUUAAACAAUAUGACCAAAACAACAACAAUGGAUGAAAAUACAAAGAGUCGUGGCAAAACCCUAAUACAGGCAACAACGGGUAAUAUGAAGACAUUACUAAAUCAUACAAUGGCCGGAAUCAAUCCAGCAGCUUCACAUUUGGCACUUUUACUACAAACGGGCAGCGGUUUGGGUGCUUCAACGGAAACGGAUAUACCAACGAAUAUCACAAAUAUAUUUAACGAUCGGCCGCCCAUAAGUAGUCCUAGCGGCGGCUCCGGCAAUCUGAGCGGUUUCAUUGAAUCCUCCACCACCUCCUCCUCCAUCUCCUUUGCGGCAUCCUCCUCUGCUUACAAUACAACAGCCAGCCAUAUAUUGUCCAGUGCCGUUACACAGCUGCCAACAACGGUGGCAACAACACUACCAACAACGGCAACCAGCAGCAUGGCUGCCACAUUCCAGGCCCAGACAGUGGCCACAUUUAUUGCAGCGGGCAAUAAAAAUCGAACCCCAACAAUUGUGGUCUAUCCAACGGUUUCACCCGAAUCGAUUGUCAUACCGAUUGUAUCCUGCAUCUUUGGUUUCCCAAUUCUGGCGCUAAUUGUCAUCUGUUGUCUGCGGCGGCGAGCCAAAUUGGCCCGAGAGAGGGACAGACGACGUAACUAUGAUAUGCAGGACCAUGCCGUCAGCCUGGUCAGAUUUAGUCCAAUACAUAGGCUUAAUUACCGAUCGUCGCGAGCUAUCAGUCUACGUCCUGAACGAAGCCUAAGCCAGGGCUUUACAUCGCUGGAAUUGGAUACGGUGCUGGAGGAGCGUUGCAGCGAUGUUGAGCAAACACAAACCGAAAUACUAAAUCCCGAAUCACCCAUGGACACCACAUCCACCUACAAGAUGUCCUUUUCAUCGAGCUAACAGUUAGCCACACAACAGCAGCAGCAGCAGCAGAAGCAGCAACAACAACAGCAACAGCCGGCCUUAACGACCUUGCCAAGUCCAAGUCCGAUGCUAGAGAAAGCAGCUCCUUCGCCGUCACCGUCGUCGUCGACAUCAUCCACACAUCUGCUGCAACCACCGAAGUUAAGGAAAAUGGGCAGCAUGCGAGACUCGUCCCAAGAUCCACAGUCCACAGCAUUGGCCAAGCGAAGGAGUCGUCUUCAGGAAUUGCGAGCCGCCAGCAGUGGCAGCGGUCAAUCAUCAGAGGCAGCUGCCGCCUUUGGCAAACGGCAAUCGAAACGUGAUCGUCAUCGAGGCGAUGCCAAAGAAUCAGAGCCACCCAUACGCAAGUCACAGUCUCUCGAUGCUAGCGAUACCUUCUCGCUGGCCAGCAUUCAAUCUCCAUUGUGGGUGACCCUAACAAAUGCUCGCACCAUUGAGGAACUUGCUCAACAGAAACUGUAACCAAUACGCAGAAAUACAUACAAUACAAUAUACCUAUACCUAUACCUAUUACCUACAUGUAUCUAGAAUUAAAUGUUGUUAAUUAUUUAGCAAUUGUGAUCCGAUCGAUCACCGACCACCGACCAGCAAAUCUAAUAAAGAAACCCAAAUUCACAUUCACCCAAAUUAUUAAAGUAGAUUAAAUCCAUUUCAAUGUAAAUGUUUAGACAAGACAAAACAAGAAUUAUAAACAAUAUGAAUGUUAAUAACUAAUACUAUACACGAAUUUUCAUUAUUAACUACAACUAAUGACCAAAAAAAAACCCCCCACAAAAAUAAAAAAAACACCGCUCAAAGAAUUAAAAUAAACCUGCAAUUCAAUUGACUU